AUGAUGAUGAUGAUGAUGAUGGAGCGACGGCGCUGCAUCUUCGUUCUAGCGGCUUUCGCGCUUUUAGCGGCGCGAGCGUGUGACGGCCAAAGGGACUCGCACUCGGCAGAUGACGACGGGCAGGAGGGCGCGGCGGCUCGAGCGUUGUGGGACCGCGAGCGAGCGCCGGCUGCAGCCGGCGGCGGCGGCAGACGCAGAGGUCACGGCGCAGGGGACACCAAAGACGCCGGCGUCUCCGGCGAGGAUGCGCACGGGACCGCGCACGGCCACGCCGGGACCCCGCGCAGUAACCCGAGGAGCAAACCCACGGCCGCGGCGCCGAGCGACGAGCCCCCCGCCGCCGCCGCCGCCGGCGCGCCUCCUCGGGACGCCACGCGCGCCGCGCCGAAGCCCCAGCAGCAGCAGCAGCAGCAGAGGUUCCGGAUCGGCGCGAGACAGACUCAGAGUCCCGGCGCGGGCGCGGGCGCGAGCGCGAGCAGCCGGCAGAGCGCGGCGGCUUCCAGGCGCCUCACUGGGCCCAAUGUGUGCGGGGGACAGCACUGCUGCUCAGGAUGGGCUGUGGCUCCCGGUACCAACAGAUGCAUAAAACCUGACUGUCAGCCCCCCUGCCAGAACCGAGGUUCCUGCAGUCGUCCCCAUAUGUGCGUAUGCCGCUCGGGCUUCCAGGGCGCGCGCUGUGAGGAGGUGGCCCCCGAGCAGGUGUACGUCCGCGCCGGCAACUCCCGCAUGCUGCGACCCCUACAGCCCAGCAGAACACCCCAGCAGCCUCGGCGGCAAGCUAGCGACAGCCCUGCCACUGGCCCCCAGGCCGCAGCCACCAGACAGCCGCUCUCUGCUGCGACCCAGGUGAGGCGAGGGUCAGUCGACACAUCCCCCCAGCAGACUGGGACGUCCCGCACGGUCAAACGAUACCCGUCAUCCGGCGGGCCAAUCACCACCAAUGCUCUACCCAACGGGAACGGGGCAUCUUACAGCCACCGCAGACCCACCACCAGCAGCGAGGCCGUGGGGAACCUGAACAACGCUGUCGGUCCCACAGGCGCCAACCUGACCACAAACCUGGACCGCAUCAAGAUCGUCUUCACACCCAUGGUGUGCCGGCGGGUUUGUACUGGUGGACGCUGCCACAACAGCUGUGAGAAAGGUGAAACCACCACGGUGUACAGUGAGAAUCAGAGCCACAGCCAGCCACCCAGAUCGCAGGGCUUCCGUCUCUUCUUCUGUCAGAUCCCCUGCAUGAACGGGGGGAGGUGCAUCGGGAGGGACCAUUGCUGGUGUCCGUCAAACUCCACGGGGAAGUUCUGCCACCUCCCAGCCGCGCCUCCGAACAGGAAGCCCCCUGCCAACAGGAAGGAGGCCAGCCAGGCAGGGCAGAACUCCUCCUUACACUCCAUGUACACCCUGCCCCUCUCCAACCAGCAGGCCUCCCUGCAUCCUUCCCUGGUGAAUGUGCACAUCCAACACCCCCCAGAGGCAGAGGUACAGGUGCAUCAGGUGGCCCGGGUCAAGCAGGGCCAGGUGCCUCCUACUGAGGGUAAUGGUGGUAUGGAUGGAACACAUUCGGUGCAGCAGAGAUCGCAGCCCAGCAAUGGCCAUGGCAGCGACAAUGGUAAUGCCAUCUUUGCCAGCAACAGGAAUGGACACAGCAAUGGUCAUGUCAGACUCCAUACCCGGCUGAAUGGAUAUGUUGGAAGGUGUUUCCAAGAGACCAUAGAUGGACAGUGUGGUAAGCCACUCCCUGGGCUCACAAAACAAGACGACUGCUGUGGCAGCGUGGGAGCCUCCUGGGGCCUGAGCAAAUGCACCCAGUGUCCACCCCAGCCGGCGUAUGCAGUAAUUGCAAAUGGCCACGUCGAGUGUCCGAAAGGUUACAAGAGGAUGAAUGUCACUCAUUGUCAAGAUAUCAACGAAUGCUUGAUGCCUGGGAUCUGCAAGAAUGCCGAGUGCCUCAACACCAGAGGAAGCUACAGGUGCACCUGCAAGGCAGGCUACAUGCUGGACCCAGCACGGAGUCACUGUGUCUCGGACAAGGCCAUCUCAGAGGCACGUGGCAUGUGCUACCGUUCUACAUCAGCAGGAAUCUGCUCGCUGCCCCUGUCCCAGCACAUAACCAAGCAGAUCUGCUGUUGCAGCCGUGUGGGCAAAGCCUGGGGUCCAGCGUGCGAACGCUGCCCACUGCCAGACACAGACCACUUCAAGGAGAUCUGCCCAGCUGGUCAUGGCUACACAUAUUCCAGGUCAGACAUACAGAUCACCCUGCGGCAGGUGGAGGAAGAGGAGUUUAGGGGGACUGCCCCCUCCCGUCAGCCACACCCGCAGCCCGAUUAUUCCUCUCUUGAUGUUCAUCACCCUGCCCAGGUGCCCAUUUGGGAAAAUGAAGAUGUUGAGAUUUUGAGACCCCCUGCUGUUGUGACUGAAUCACCAUCGAGAUAUCCUGUAGAUGUUGUGGAGAAGACCAGUCCCUACUCUCCCAUCAACCUGAGGCCAGAAAUGGAGGGUCAGGACACAGCACCCAUCAACGUUGCUACCCAGGUCACAGAUGUGGACAGGUGCUCUGUUACCCCUUCUAUCUGCGGUCCUGGGGUAUGUGUGUCUCUGCAGGCAGGAUACACAUGCUACUGCAACCCAGGCUACAAGCUCAGUCCGCUGCAGACGCGCUGUGUUGACAUCAACGAGUGCGAGAGUGGUCCCUGCGAAGGCAAAGGACGCUGUGUCAACAGCAUCGGCUCUUACGCUUGCCAGUGCUACACGGGCUACAGUCAAGUCAUUACCCAAAACAAGAAAUUCUGUCAAGAUGUGAACGAGUGUGACAUGCCCAACAAAUGCCCAGGUAGCAGAUGCGUCAAUACAGUCGGCUCUUACACCUGUGAGUGCGACCACGGCUACGCCUUAUCCAGCAGGGGUCAGUGCGAAGAUGUAAAUGAGUGUCAGGAUGAGGACGUGUGCACUCAUGGGAGGUGUGCCAACACUGAGGGAUCCUACAGAUGCAUCUGCAACCAGGGAUUCCAGCCAAGUACAGACAACAGAAGCUGCCAAGAUGUGGACGAGUGCCUCCGCCAAGAGACCUGCCUCCACGGCAUGUGUGUCAACCUGGAGGGCUCCUAUAGGUGUAUCUGUAACCUGGGAUACCAAGUCAGCUUUGAUAGCAAAGCCUGCCAAGAUAUCGAUGAGUGUGCAGCACAGAAUACGUGUCCCAACGGCAUCUGCAAGAACACUGUAGGUUCCUACUCAUGUUCCUGCAGGCCUGGUUUCACAUGGUCAGCAGAUGGACUGGGGUGUCAAGAUGUGGAUGAAUGUGAGCAGGCAGAUGCAUGUCCCAAUGGACUCUGCAGCAACUCAGCAGGUUCCUUCUCCUGCAAACCGUGCAGCCCUGGCUUUACAGUCUCCCAGGAUGGGCAGAGAUGCCAGGAUAUUAAUGAAUGCCUAGGAGAUGUUUGCUCCAAUGGCAUCUGCUUGAACUCUGAGGGCUCGUACUCUUGCGUUCCCUGCCCCACUGGCUACAGGGUAUCUGCCGAUGGAGAGCUCUGUAAAGAUAUCGAUGAAUGCACAAUGCCCAACUUAUGCCCAACUGGCAACUGCGUCAACACAGCAGGUUCCUACACCUGCGUCUCCUGCAAGGCUGGCUACAGAUUUUCAGAGGGCAGUUUGGAGUGUGAAGAUGUGGAUGAGUGCUCAUUAGCCAAUGUAUGUCCCGGGAGGCUAUGCAAGAACACAGUGGGCUCCUACAUCUGUAAGAGCUGUGGUCCCGGGUACGAGCUGUCCGAAGAUGGGUACGGCUGUGAAGAUGUUGAUGAAUGCCUCUCCCCCGAAGCAUGUCCCACGGGUCUGUGUACCAACACGGAGGGCUCUUUCGUUUGCAUAAGCUGUGAUGCAGGCUUCAUGCCAUCAGCCGACCGCCUCACUUGUGAAGAUGUGAAUGAGUGCCUCUCCCUGGGGAUCUGUGGCGAAGGCGACUGCUUGAACACCAAGGGUUCGUUCUUCUGUAUCUGCUCGACUGGAUACACCACAGUUAGUGAUGGGACCGGUUGCCGAGACUUGGAUGAGUGCAGUGAGGGGAAUGUGUGUUCCCAUGGGCAGUGCCUCAACACUGAUGGCUCCUUCCAGUGCUUGUGCGAGACUGGCUUCAAGUUUUCUCUGGACACGGGACACUGCGAGGAUAUGGAUGAGUGCAAGGAAUAUGGCAGCAGUGUUUGCGGCACCUGGCGCUGCGAGAACACCCUGGGGUCCUACCGCUGCUUCAUGGGAUGCCAGCCCGGCUUCUAUGACCAGGAAAAUGGGGACUGUGAUAUCGACGAGUGUGCGAACAAGACCGUUUGUGGAGAUCAUGGCUUUUGCAAGAACACGGACGGCUCGUACCUCUGCCACUGUGACCUGGGCUAUACCAACUCGCCUGGGGCACCCGUAUGUGUGGACGUGAACGAGUGCGAGAUGAGCCCCGCGCCCUGCGGCGACGCCCUCUGCGAGAACGUGGAAGGCAGCUUCCUGUGCGUCUGCACCAGCGACAGCGAGGAAUUUGAUCCGCAUACCAACCAGUGUCGCGGCCGCGUGCUCAUGACGGAGCCCCCGGAGCUCUCCAGUGAAGAGGAGAGAAAGGAGUGCUACUACAACCUGAACGACGAGAAGUUCUGCAGCAACGUGCUGUCCCGGAACACCACCAAGCAGGAGUGCUGCUGCACCGUGGGGGCGGGCUGGGGCGACAACUGUGAGAUCCACCCCUGCCCGCUCGUAGAGAGAGCCGAGUACAACCAGCUGUGUCCCUACGGCACCGGACUCAUCCCCAUCGCGCCUCUGGCCCACGGCUUCAGCCAUCAGACCUUCAAAGAUGCAGAUGAGUGCGAGAUGUUUGGGCCUGAAAUCUGCAAGAACGGCCGCUGCUCCAACUCGUACUCCGCGUUCUCCUGCUUCUGCCGCGUCGGCUACUACUACGAUGCUGCUCGGCUGGGGUGCGUGGACCACAACGAGUGCCUGGAGCAGGACAGCUGUGUGGAUGGCAUGUGCAUUAACUCAGAUGGCUCCUUCAACUGCUUCUGUAAUCCCCCGCUGGUCCUGGACGGCACGCGCCGCCGCUGCGUCAGCAUUAAUGACACCGAGGUGAACCCCGACCCCUAUGAGGAAAUCCACAUAGACAUUUGCUGGGAGUCCCUGACCGAUGACAACACGUGCUCCCGACCCCUGCUGGGCAGGAGUACUACCUACGCAGAGUGCUGCUGUCUCUUCGGACUGGCCUGGAGCAACCACUGUGCCUUAUGCCCGAGCAAGACAUCUGAGGACUACGCCAUGCUGUGUAACCUGCCUAGAUCGGGGUCCGACAGCCUGCGGGAGAGACCGGGGUACGAGUACGACCCCGAGGACACCGGCCCCCCUCUGUACUUCGGAGGUUUUGGGCCCACCGGGGGGGAAAACUACUAUAACGGCCCAGGGAGUCCCGAGUACGGCCCCCGCGAGUCCCAGGGGGGCUCCUCCUUCAUCAGACAGAACGCGCACCAUGACUACACCUCCCACGAGGUGAUGAGGGUCCCCGUCCAUCGACCACGAGAAUUCCAGCUUCGUCUGGUGGAACCCUACAGUGAGCGGCACGACGAAUUCGAGGGCCUGCGGGCCGAGGAAUGCGGCAUCCUGAACGGCUGCGAGAACGGCCGCUGCGUGCGUGUGCGCGAGGGCUACACCUGCGACUGCUUUGAUGGCUACCAUCUCGACAUGACCAAGAUGGCCUGCGCUGAUAUAAACGAAUGUGAUGACAUCAGCGACAAGGUGCCCCUGUGCAAGAACGGAGUGUGUACCAAUACCGAAGGCUCGUACAAGUGCACCUGCCUACCGGGCUUCGUAACCACGGCGAAACCCCACGAGUGCAUCCCAGAAGAGCGGGAGUUCACCCGGAGGGAGGCGGGAAAGUGAAAGGCGGGGCCGAGCAGUGUGGCUGCGCGCUCCGCCCUCCCCCCUUGUCCACCACCGGCCCGUGUCUCGGUCACUCCAUUUCCUUCCCGCAAGGCCUCUUACAGUCCUUGCACAAACCUCUAAGAGUAGAGCAGAAACAGAGGUCAGCACACCCUGACAUACAUUCACUACCCGUUGGUAGGUACCUUAAAGGGAUCCGAAGACCGAAUCCAAACAUUCCACAGCUCAUGUCCUCCUCCUUUGGCCGUCCAGUCAGGUCCCCCCGAUUUCCAGUUGCCCCGCAGAAUUUUAUGUACAUACACAAUUUAGGAUUUUUUUGUUCCGUUAAUUAUUUAUUUCUUUUAGAACAUAAAGCUUUUUAAACUAACAAUGCUAAGUUAUGUUUUGUAAAAAAAAAAAAUUAUAUAUAUGAAUUCUGUUUUGUCAGGUGUUUUGAGUUAUGACUGAAUUGGAAAGACGCAGAGCUUAUUGAAAGGACACCUAAAGAAGCCCGUCUACAGGAAGGGUUCAAGUGCUUAUUGUUGACUGGUUAUUUUUGUAACGCUGCAGGGAAAUAAUAGCGUGACUCGCCACCGCUCCACGCAUUCAGCUCUGCUUCUUGUUAGAUGGCAUUUUGCGCAAGACGAUUGAUCCGGAAGCACAACGCAGGACAGCACCACUAGCGGGACCCCGGUCGUCGCUAAGCCGUACACACAGCACGGUCCAAGAGUGCCAGUUAGUCUUAGUUGAGCACACGCUUGUUUGUGCGUAUUCAAUGUGCGGCACACAUCACUACGCUGAAUACAAAACCACUUUUCCAGACUGCUCCCUUUUGAACCUUUUCAUCAAAGCAUCGGUAAGAAGAACCACUUGCGUGGAGCACAGCGAGAAUGGUGCUGUGCUCCUGUAGCCCAAGGGUCCCCUUCGCACUCGAGUCAGUGGCUGCGCUUAAGGCCCUACUCGCUCCACACGGCCCCUAAAUACACCGGUAAGGAAGCGCUGUCGUCAUUUAGCAUCCGAAACGACAUCUGCCCUGCAGUACCCUGCACAGGUCCCCACGAACACCUCGAGCGUCUCUUCGCCCUCAGUCCCGGCGACACGCUGAAAGUUGGUCCUUCCGGAGCAGGCGCGUUGAGCGUCCAAUCCCCACAAACCAGUAUUCUCACUAAGUGUCUGUUUCAGUCAAGAGGUCUAACUGUAUAUGCUGAGCUAUAUUAUUACAUUCGAUGGGGUUUUCAAACCUCUCCUGGCCAUGGCACUUAUAACAGUAAAGAAAGGCAGUAUCAUGUAUGCAUCGCAUAUGAACGGUGAACACAUAUGUACUAUUACACAUACUGUAUGACAACAGCAGCACUACAACUAUGGUUAUGCUCUGCGUUCAGCAGAAACGUGUUUUAUUAGCCAUUUAUCUGCAGGAUCCCAUUUAUUAUCUUUUCUUAUUUGUUCUCCUUUUGUACAACCCAGAAAGCAGGCUAAGGUUUGAUGAAGGGGUUUGAGAUAAUUUGUACAGAUCUAGUAUUGUGUAUUAAAUAUGCAUUUAUUACAUAUUCUCUUUAGCUAUGUACUUAAAUCAAUAUUUUUGUGCGACAAAAAUAACAACAAAACAAUAAAAACACCCACUAUAUAUCUUAGCUAUUUAGGUUUUAUAUUUAUGUCAAAUUGCUUUUUUAACAUGGUUAUUUUUGGGGAAAAAAAAAAAAAAAAAACAAACAAUGGUUUACAGUGUACCAUAGAAAGUGUACAUAUCCUGCCCUGUGGAGCAGACCAUGGAAAUGACUUUAGGGCCUGGUGGUGUUUUCAGACAUAGUCUAGGUUUGGUGCCAGUGCUUCGACAAACAUGUCAGCGUCUCCUCCGAUGAUGACGUCCGUCAUGAAAACAGUUUUUAUUGUCAUCGUACUCUACGCAUUGUCUUUUUCCUGUAAUUGGAUGUUGAUCUAAAGAGCACAGCCUGGAGAACCACAGCUGGCCUUCUCAGUGGUUCCAAAAUUAUUUUGAUCCUCUCAGCAUUUUGGAGGUCAAAUAUUAUUGGAGCUCCAUGAUCAAAGCACUGCAUCCCUUUGCCUGUAUCUGGAAAGACUCUGUCAAGCCCUGAAAGAAAUACAUAUCUUUUGUUAUCGGAUCGUGCCUUUUUUUCAAUGACUGAUGCCCUCGACCUGCAUUCUUCUGUAAAGAAGCUUAAUAUGCAGUGACUGUAUGUCAUAGAUAAUAAUACUCUGCUGUAUCGUUCUUUUUACAUCAAGAGGUUAAUGAGUCUUCCAGUAUGAUGAUGAGCACAUUUGCCUUAUUUUUUUUUUUUUUUUUUUAAAUUCUGUAAACCAUAAGGAAAAGAAGACCUGGUCUCUUUUUGAGAUUUGUCUUGAUCAGUGCUGUCUUCACC